GGGCAGGCAUUGAGUUCCGGGCGCGCGGAGACCAUUGGGAGGAGGCCCCAUGGAUGCUGUACCUAGCAUCUGGGACCCAGGUGGGCAGUGGAGUCAGUAUUUGGAGCGGUUGUAAUUUUGGUGGAUGGGAACUGGAAACUUGAGCACAAGAAAAUCAAGGAUUUGGAAUUUGAACAGCUGAGGCCACAGGAGGGUAUUGGAUCCCCUGGAACUGGAGUUGCAGUUUGUGUAUAUAAAUGCCUUCUUAUUGCUGGUGCUCCACACAGGGCUUUGUGGUGUGUGGGUAUUAUAACUCACAUGGCUGCAGCCAGUGUGACCCCCCCUGGCUCCCUAGACCUGUUGCAGCCUGGCUUCUCCAAGACACUCCUGGGGACCAAAUUAGAAGCCAAAUACCUGUGUUCAGCCUGCAGAAACAUCCUGCGGAGGCCCUUCCAGGCCCAGUGUGGUCACCGCUACUGUUCUUUCUGCCUAACCAGCAUCCUCAGCUCUGGGCCUCAGAAUUGUGCUGCCUGUGUCCAUGAAGGCUUGUAUGAAGAAGGCAUUUCUAUCUUAGAAAGUAGUUCGGCCUUUCCAGAUAAUGCUGCUCGCAGGGAGGUGGAGAGCCUGCCAGCUGUCUGUCCGAAUGAUGGAUGCACCUGGAAGGGAACCUUGAAAGAAUACGAGAGCUGCCACGAAGGACUGUGCCCAUUCCUACUGACCGAGUGUCCUGCAUGUAAAGGCCUGGUCCGCCUCAGCGAGAAGGAACAUCACACUGAGCAGGAAUGCCCCAAAAGGAGCCUGAGCUGCCAGCACUGCAGGGCACCCUAUAGCCAUGCAGACCUGGAGGUACACUAUGAGGUCUGCCCUAAGUUCCCCUUAACCUGUGAUGGCUGUGGCAAGAAGAAGAUCUCUCGGGAGAAGUUUCAGGACCAUGUUAGAGCAUGCAGCAAGUGCCGGGAUCUUUGUAGAUUCCACACCAUCGGCUGUUUUGAGAUGGUGGAAGCUGAGAAUCUGCAGGCUCAUGAGGUACAGCGGCUCCGGGAACACCUGGCCCUGCUGCUGAGUUCAUUCCUGGAGUCCCAAGCCUUACAGGGAACCCAGAACCAAGUGGGGCCAGAGCUGCUGCAGCGGUGCCAGUCUUUGGAGCAGAAGAUAGCCACCUUUGAGAACAUUGUCUGCGUCCUGAACAGGGAGGUAGAGAGGGUAGCAGUGACUGCAGAGGCUUGUAGCCGGCAGCACCGGCUCGACCAGGACAAGAUUGAGGCCCUGAGUAACAAGGUGCAGCAGCUGGAGAGGAGCAUUGGCCUCAAGGACCUGGCCAUGGCUGACCUGGAACAGAAGGUCUCAGAGUUGGAGGCAUCCACCUACGAUGGGGUCUUCAUCUGGAAGAUCUCAGACUUCGCCAGGAAGCGCCAGGAAGCCGUAGCUGGCCGUAUACCAGCUAUCUUCUCCCCAGCCUUCUACACAAGCAGAUAUGGCUACAAGAUGUGUCUACGCGUCUACUUGAAUGGUGAUGGCACUGGGCGGGGAACUCAUCUGUCUCUUUUCUUCGUGGUGAUGAAAGGCCCCAAUGAUGCUCUCUUGCGGUGGCCUUUUAAUCAAAAGGUGACAUUGAUGCUGCUGGACCAGAAUAACCGGGAGCAUGUGAUCGACGCAUUCAGGCCUGAUGUUACCUCAUCCUCCUUUCAGAGGCCUGUCAGUGAUAUGAAUAUCGCCAGUGGAUGUCCCCUCUUCUGUCCUGUGUCCAAAAUGGAGGCCAAGAAUUCCUACGUGCGGGAUGAUGCUAUCUUCAUCAAAGCUAUUGUGGACCUAACAGGACUCUAGCCACCCCAACUAGGGAUAGCAGCUCAGUGAGGAGCUGCCACACUGGACCAGGGCCCUGCCACACAAGCGUGGACAGGCUUGGUGAAAUUGCUGAGGAGGGCCUCAGGCUAAAGCCAGUCACCAUCACACAGAAAGGCAGAAAGGAGCCUCCAGGUGGUCCUCAAUUGGUAGACUGAGUGGAGGGUUCAUUCAGCUCAGGGUCCUGGUGAGACCAGCUGGGAUCUUCUCAGCUUUCCAGUAGAAAAGCUCUUGUCUCUUCUGUCUGGGGAAGGGAGAGGUCCUUGGGUGGGGUACUCAGAAAGGGCCUCUCAGAGCUGCAGAGCUGUACCAGCAGCAAGAGUGUGAUUGGCCUUACUCACUCUGGCUUGUGGAAAAGAGGUAGGGACUGCACAGGAGAAGGGCAUCCACCUGCAGAGUAUAACCCAGGAGAGAAUCACUCUGAGACAUAGGCACUCACUGGAGAAGGGCCUGCCUGGACUGCAUAGCCCUACCCAGUGGCCUGUAUUGAGAAGUGAUUAAACUAUUGAGAUGUCUGUGAUGAGUGGUGUUCAUGUGCUCCAGUUUGCCUGCUGUAUCCAGUCUUGGCAGUGAUGACCCUCUGGGGCUUUCUGCCUUACUUACAUUACCUGUCUCUGUUCCUUAUAUCCUUCAAGCCCAAUGACCAUUCCAUUGUAGAUCUGCCUGAGUAGAGAUGAAGGGCUGACCCUUGGCCUGGCCUGUGUGCAGGAUUUUUGUCUCAGGGUCCUGGUCUGGUUUGCUUUUCGGACUGGUUGGGGUGGAGAGACUGUGGCCUGGGUAUGGGGCAUGUUUAUUAGAGUCAGAAGGAAUAUCCAGUGGGCAGAGCAUCACAGUGGACCCAUCCAUGCCCAGUUCUGUUAGCAUGCUAUGAUUGACAAGGAGACAUUGCCCUCUAACCUCGUCAUGUUCCUUGUGGACUGUUCUGUUCCUGUUGUGUCUGAAUUUUCACACUGUAUAUGUUGUUGUGAAGCAGCCUAGAGUGGCAUCAUGGCAGAAAACUGACUUCACUCUGACUGCCUUGUGACUUGCUGAUGGAGGAAGCAUCUUGUUUCUUUCCCCUGAGUUCUGUACUGUGAGUUCUUAAGCUGGAACAGGUCUAGGCCUACCUGUCUCCUGUGGACUCAAGAGGAGAGUUAGGGUUAUAUAGUUAUCCCUUACACAUUUUGUCCCUACACUGCAGUGGGGUGCAUCUGGGCCUUACAGCAUGUGGGCAGGAUUCACGGCCUCCUCCAGCAUUUCACAUGGGCUCUGGAAUAACUUGCACAUCUGAGGACUAUAGACAUUUUUACCAGGAUUAUUGCUCCGGGAUGUCUCCAUGGAAUUGCCCAUUUCUGUUCAUUUUUCUACUUAGUUUCUUCCUGCUUCAUAAAAGUUUCUGGUCUUUCCAACACUGA